AUGGUUAACGCUUCUGAGCUACCCAAGACUUUUAACGGCCCUAUUGAUCUCGGAAUCAUUGGCGGAACAGGCCUCUACCAGUUGGACUGCCUCGAGGCCAUCGCAGUUCUACCUCCCGUGAAAACACCUUGGGGUCAAACUUCUUCUCCAAUCACCAUUUCCAAAAUCACUGGUGACUCUGAGGAGCAUUUUCAUGUCGCUUUCAUUUCUAGACAUGGUCUUCACCAUCAAUUCUCGCCUUCAACUGUCCCAUUCCGGGCGAAUAUGGCUGCCUUAAAACACUUGCGUUGCAAGGCAGUUUUGUCAUUUAGUGCUGUUGGGUCUUUGCAACAACAGAUCAAGCCUCGCGACUUCGUAUUACCCCAACAGAUUAUUGACAGAACAAAAGGCGUCCGCGAUUCCUCCUACUUCAAUGACAUCGGCCUAGUGGCGCAUGUUGGAUUCGGCGAGCCAUUUUCAAAGUCAUUUGCGGAGUAUAUUAGCAAGUUUCACGGUAUUUUGGAGAACCCUGGUGUCGACGAGCCUUGCGAGCUUCACUUCGACAUUGACACCACCGUCGUGUGCAUGGAGGGCCCUCAGUUUUCAACUCGCGCUGAGUCAAAAAUGUAUCGUAUGUUAGGCGGCGACGUUAUUAACAUGAGCGUUUUGCCUGAGGCCAAGUUGGCGCGCGAAUGCGAGUUACCUUACCAGAUGGUUUGCAUGUCCACGGACUACGAUGCUUGGAGAGAUGAAGCGGAGCCUGUGACCGUUGAGACUGUUAUUGGGAAUCUUCAGAACAACGGUGCAAACGCAAACGCUUUGGCUUCGGCAAUUAUUACGGACAUGGCCAACAAAAUGCCUGAAUUCAUGAAAACAGGUGACGGAUUAAAAGGCUCCAUUAAAAUGAGUAUCUCGACCAAACCAGCUGCGAUGUCCAAAGAUGCCUUGGAAAAACUCAAGUUCCUGUUCCCUGACUACUGGUGA